AUGAAGCGAUCUGUCGAAAACGAGGUUCCCGAUGAUGGGUCGCGCAAAGCGAUACGUCUGUCGGACGGAGUAAUACCACCUCCCCAAUCACUUACCCGGCCAGACAAAGAAUUGGUGCUUGGCCAUGUCUACAACGCCUGUGAUCUAUACGAUGAGCUAUUGCCCUAUGUUGGUCGGCAAUCUCGUGAGGGUAGUAAGCGAGCACAAGCGGUUGUCGAAGUCACUGACGCUAUCCACGACAUACUGGCUGACGCGCAGCGCAAAAUCGACGAGCAGUGGGACAAGCUGUUGCAAGCGACGAGGGAAUUCGCGGCUCAUGCCGUCCAGGGCUCUUAUGCAUAUGAAAGAGGGAACCUGCUAUCUCUAUCUACGUCUACUCUUGAAACGACUCUUCUGUACAUGGACUGCUCGGACAAGAAGCGGUACACGACCUACGCCUGCAAGAUACUUCGAGAGUCAGCUACCAUAGAACCGCUUGACGAAGAAGACGGCUUCCAGUACUACGACGGUCAGCGGAUUGUAAAGGUAUCUGCACCGCACCCGUACAUCGAGAAAGCAAUGAAAGUUGUGGGCGGAACGAUCGGUGACCUCAACCCAAGUGGUACGCUGCGCGCUUUGAUCACCCUUUACACGACUCUUGGACCGGGGUGCGUGCGGGUCCGCAUGGGUGAGCGUUCACGAGCCCGAAGCUGUGUUGAUCGUGCUAUACGUGCGCUCGUCGACCCGAGCAACAUACAACCACAAAAUAUCGAGUGUCAUCAAGGCGACUGCGAAGGGGGCAAUCAUCAGACAUGUUUCCGCUCUAUUGAAGUCGGUCGAUUGAGAUGGAUGGAGGAUCCAGACAUGACAGGACCCCCGAGCUACUGGGACUUCGCUUCGGUUUUGCGCGAGCUGAAAGCGAGCUACUCGGAGGCUACAUGCGAGUACGACGGCGACAGAAGUGACGAAGCUGACGAAGAUGAGUCAUACACCCGCGCAUGCUUCCACAAAGACAGUAUCGACUUGCUGGAGUGGCUACAGAAGAAGGCAUGGCAGGAGGUUCGCACCAAAGUCGCGACUACCGCUGGUAGUCGACUUCCUGUUGAAUUGGUCGAUCAGAUCAUGGAAUGUGCUUUGCACGCUGAGAGCAUUCCGCUUGAGCCUACUGUACGCACCAUGCGGGAGCCUGAAACUCCGGAAUCGGUUAGCAAGUAUGGCUUUACAUAUUUCAAGCAGAAAGUGUUGAAGCAGGAAUAUGAAUGCGAGACUACGAAAAAUCCAUCUUACGAUAUUCGCCCCGAACUCGGUUGGGUUGAGACCAGGCUCGACGAUGGUAUCUAG